UAGAAAAUUUGGCUUGCUUGAUGCUUAGCUAAGCUAUCAUCUUUACAGCUGUGCCUCUAUGUAGUUGUGCUUUCAUAUCAAAGCAGCAACCCUUAGAAAUCAUUCACAGGAAUGAUAAGGUCAGUCUAAUUCUCCAUGACAGCUUUCCAUUUUUCACUAAACAACUGACCAAAGUAUUGGAAUCAUUCUCCAUGACAAUUCUCCCUCCAUUCUUUGUUAUGGAGAGAUGAGGUUGGUCCAUCCUACCAAAUCCACAAAGUUUGGUCAUCAAGGCAAUCCAAGUUCAAUCAUUCCUCAAACCCAACAACCUCAACUCAACAGAUCCUUUAUUUGCUCAAGAUCUUCAACCACUAUUGUCAUCCCAAUAGCCAUUCAUGAUAUCUCACUUUGGGAUAAAAGUCUGUAGUUUUGGCCAAUUAGGGAACAAGAUUUUCCAUCAUCAUAUGAGCUGUCCUUGAAAGAUCUACUUCAAUCUUUACUGGUCUCCAUUACAGUAGAAGUCAGUUAAUGUUCAACUAUCAGAGUUCAGACAUCCCUGUCAAGAGGGAAACAAACAGUUUUCAUGCUGGAAAAUGUUUGCUGAAUCUUUCUUUAAUGUGUGAUAGGCUACACACAGUCAUUGCAGGUUGGUCAUGGGAUCCCCAAGGAUUGGCAUGAGGAGCCAUAAAGGUUCUCAUGAUAGGACAUUCUCAAGUGUUGCAACAUGAAGUUGCUUUUAGGAAGAGACUUUAUGUACAGACACUAAAAGGAAAUAAAAGAUCCAACCAUGUGUUGAAUGCUAGAACAAGAUGUUGCAUGCUGUAAAGCUCAUUCCUUGGCAUCUCCUUCCACUUUGGCAGCUCCGCAGAUACAUACCCUUGUUUUUUUGCCUUUUGUUUAAUGUGCUUUGUUGCCAGCUUUACUCUUCUCUUCUCUUCUCUUCUCUUUGGACAUUCCACCACGGCAAGAGAAGUACAAACAGAUGGGAACAGAGAAGAGGAGCGAGAGAGAGAGAGAGAUCAGGAUGGAGGAGUUCAGCUACGAGGACAUCAAGACUGCAACAGGAAGCUUUGCUGUCGAGCAGUUGAUCGGUAAGGGAAGCCAUGGGAGUGUCUACAGAGGCAGGCUCAGAGGCGGACAGGUCGUGGCAGUGAAGAAGCCAUUGGGAUCGAUUCAGUCCUCUAAAGAUGAAGCCAAUCUGGACAACGAGAUCGACAUCCUCGCUUCUGUGAAGAACCCAAGCAUCGUCGAGCUCAUUGGUGUCAGCCAGAGUCCUACCACCAAGCUGCUCGUCAUGGAGUUCAUGCACAAUGGCUCCCUCCAUGACCUCCUCCACUCGUCCCCGAGCCCGCCUUCGUGGCCUCGACGCGCACUCAUGGCUCUCCAGGCCGCUCGCGCCGUCCUUUCGCUCCACGAGACGUCGCCGGCGGUCAUCCACCGCGACAUCAAGUCAGCCAAUAUCUUGAUGGACGGCGAAGGCAACGCGAAGCUGGCUGACUUCAGCCUCGCGGUGAGAGCCCACGGAUUUCGGCCACCCAACUCGACGGUGCCGGCGGGUACCAUCGGCUACCUGGAUCCGUGCUACGCCGAGUCAGGAAGGCUCGGCCCCGAGAGCGACGUGUUCAGCUUCGGGGUGGUCUUGUUGGAGCUCGUCAGUUCCAGGAAGGUGAUGGACAUGGAGCGCGAUCCUCCUUCGAUCGUCGCGUGGGCACUGCCGGUCAUAAGAGAUGGUCGGCUUGCCGACGUCUGCGACAGGAGAGUAGCGUUGCCGGACUACACGAAGACGCCGAUCGCUCGUAUGCUAAGCGUAGCCGAGCGAUGCGUCGCAGAGAAGGUAGUGAGAAGGCCGUCGAUGGGAGAGGUUGUGAGAGAGCUGCAAGGGGUGGUGGAGUGCAUGAUGAUAUGGCCAUGGAUGAGGUUUAAGGUCUUCGAGAGUGUGCACAUGUGUGUCCGGGCAUGGAGGAGGUGUGCCAGGAAGAGGGUCACCACUACAACAAAGAUCGUUUGCAGGGAUCACUCGGUUGAUGGUGGGACUGAGGAGGUGGCCAUGGUGGAAAGAUGAAGCCAACUCUCUCCUUCUUACUUCGGAGUGCUCAUUUCAGCAAGGAGGUGAUGCCUCUCGAACAUCACCAAUAGCAUUGUUUUGUGAUUGAAGGAGGGCAUGCACUUCACAUGAUCUCUGGUUUUAAUUUGCACAGAAUUGAAGACAGAUGUGUGACUGAGACUGCAAUAGGUGAGAUCAGUCCAAGCAACACAGAGAACAGUAUGCUAUCUUUAGAGGAAUGCAAGCAUAUAAGAUGAUGGAAGUGUGUAUACUUUGUGCCCAUGAAUGACAUGAAGAAGCUUAUCGUUUUCCAAGCCAACAUGUGUCGUUCAUGAUGUCCAUUAAACAACACUCGAGAGGAGAUGAAA